AUGAUCAAUGCCGAAACAAUCAAAAAAUUAGUGGACGACCAACUAUCUUCUCGCGAUGGUUUCGAGUCUCACAUGUUCAGAAUUGGUGCUUACAAUCAAGCAGUUGAAGAAAAUGGAGUUUUUGCUCUUCCCUACGAGGACUCAACUAUGGCUCUUUUGAUUUUAAGUACACCUGAUAUGUUUGAUGUCGCAUUCCGUAAAUGGGUUGUGCAAAAGACAAUAGAAUAUGGAUCAUUUGACGAUGUCUGUGAAAUUAUUUCUUCACCAAUUCAAAACUUUUUAGAAGAUCGACUAGAAGUUCUCAUUGAGAAACUCCGUAACAUCGAAGUGAACUUCGAAGUUCUGCACGACUAUUCAAUGACUCCACAACGUCGUCCAAAGAUUCUGAUGCAAACAUGCGGGCACGUCGCAGGAGCAGCGUUUUACUACCAGCCACGACAUUUUCAGGAAGAUGGGAUUUCAUGGCCUGUAAAAGGUCGCAUGGGACCAAACCUAGUGAGUAAACACAAUUAA